UAGGCUUUUAUAUCUAUGGUCUGCUUGUCGUCGGCUGCUCUCACAUCAACAACAACAACAACAACACAGACAGACUCCACCAUGGCCGGAACAAUCCCUCGAAGAAUAGGGAAACUCGUCCCCCAAAAUACGUGCUUAUUACUAUGUGACAUGCAAGAGAAGUUCCGGAAUAGCAUCCAGUACUUCCCCCAGAUCGUCGAGGUGUCCAACAGGCUCCUGAGGGCGUUUAAGCUCCUGGACUUACCUGUGGUUUGCACGGAACAGUAUCCCAAGGGUUUAGGAAGCACUGUACCGGAGUUGGGGGUCACAGAACAUGACGUUCCAAUUUUCGAUAAAACAAAAUUUUCCAUGUGCCUUCCACCUGUGCAGGAAAUCAUCAAAGAUAGAGAGGUAAAAGCCAUUGUGCUCUGUGGUAUUGAAUCCCAUGUGUGUGUGCAGCAGACUGCUCUUGAUUUCCUCGAGGCAGGGUUAGAUGUCCAUUUGGUGGUAGACGCAUGUUCCUCCCGAUCCAUGGUAGACAGGAUGUAUUCAUUUGAGAGGAUGAGAGAUGCCGGUGCUUUCCUUACCACAAGCGAAUCUGUGAUUCUUGGGUUAGCUGGUGGAUCUUGUCAUCCAUCUUUCAGAGCCCUACAGAAAAUAAUUUGGGAAUCCGCACCGGAUACUGGUCUUCUAGCAGCACGUCAACAGCCACUUGUUGCUGCCAUUACAGAUGUCUGUGGCCCAAAACUUUGAUUGUGCUUAUGAUAGAAAUUUAUAUUUGUUUAUGUUUCAUUGCAUGAAAUAGAUAAGGGAUUCAUACUGUCUAACUGGACAGAUUUUGCAUUCUAAUUGAUAUGUUAAAUCUGAAAAUUAUAUAUAUUUUCAAGUAAAUAUAUUUGAAAUCCUG